CGCAACCGCCGCAGGGCGUCUUUUGGCAGCUGUAUUCAAUGCAAUUCCUUGUUCCUUGUGUCAAUACCUCGUUAGUCUCGUCUCCCCGCGUCCCGCUUGAUUCUCCUACAGACCCCACAGCUGAGAACUCAUAACCGCAAUGACAUCUCUGAAUCAGUCUGGGGACACUCAGUUCACCGUGUUUAUUCGCCUGCCCUUCCCCAGAGGCGACUUUGUGGAUCCCCCGCCGGUAGAGUGGAAUGCUGCCAAGGACCAGGCGCUUUGGGAUAUUCUCUCGCGCCCGUCAAAGGGGGAUGGUCUAGACUGGAAGGCAUUGGCGGAUCAUUUCGAAGUCACACUCCAGUUCUUGCUCCAACAGGCAGCAUGGCUGUACGACCGGCAGCUGUCGCAGGUGCGUGCCCAGAUCCUCAAAGUGGGCACCACGCAAUCGAGCUCUCCGUCUCCCGCUCCUGGCUCGGUAUCAAAUAGCACGGCUCUGGGCCAACUAAAUAAAGGGUCUACGACUUCGGUCCCUCGAGCCCCAAGUCGCCUUGCAGGACAGCAGAAAGACACGCCCCCGCAGCGAGCCCCCAUUCCCCGUCGCACCAGCUCAGCAACUACCGUAAACCAGGUCAAAGGUACCCGGGAGUCACAUCGCAACGAUACGCCCGUUGCGGAGCUACGGGAGCCAAGGCGUGAAAGUCACGACCAUCGACCUUCAAUCAGCAAACAUGAACAAGUCCCAGCACCACUGGCUUCAAAAUCGCCCGCCAUCAAGGAGGACGAUCUAAUAUCCAGCUCAUCUGAAUCUGAAUCGUCCGACGAUGACAAGGUAGGAAGUCGUCGUGGUCUCCGGUUCAAGCCGCCCUUCGGGAAAUUCUCAACCCACAAACCCGGCCUAAGAGACGAUCUCGAGGACGAAGACGACGAAUCCCCUGCCUUCCUUCCAGAACCAAGCAACGACCACCACCACCACACAUCGAAACAGGAUCUCAGCGCUACCUUACGAACAAAAUCCAACGCCGAAGACCUCGCCGCGUCCCGUCGUCGCCCGCACCAUCCUGCCUCACGAACGUCCGUCACGACAGAAUCAUCCGCCAGCUCCACCAGCUCCGGAGUCCCAGUCACGCACCCUCUGUCUCACAGACACCGACCGCUGAAUCAAAGCGGGGGACCGACGAGUCCUCGACGGCCAGGAGACAUGGCUCCUUUUAGUCCGCGACGGUCGCUUAUCUCUGGCAGGGAGACAAGCGACGGGACUCCGAGUAUGGGAAGCAGCUUUAGCGAUUUAGACGAUGCCAGCGUAACCCAGUCAGCACUCGAAGAAGCUCUGAUGAGUAACAUGCAGCACGGUGGAAUGGCCAGUCGAAUGAGUACGUUCAGUCAGGCUAUACGGAGUCGGUAUCUCGGGCGGACGGAAGACAGGUUCUCGUAGGAUGAUGAUGAUGCUACAGUCGAGGAUGGUACAACUGCGUAGUGGCAUCGUCUCAUAGCAGACACCUACACGUUCUAGAAGGGGGGGGGGUUGGUUUCUCGCAUGUCGCGUUUCUGCACAAUGAUAUUAUAUUCUUGGUGGCGUUUAUUUCCGCCCAGUUAUGGCUAUACCUUCUUCGAUUUCUGUCUAGUUCUUUCCCUCCAGAUGGCUUUUACGUGGUCUAAUAGGAGGAGGAUAUCGCUUAAUGAAGUGGAAACGCAUAUCU